AUGGCGCUGUCGCUUGUCCUUUCACUCCCCUGCGUCUUAGCGCUCCUUUAUCCGCAGGGCGUUCACGCUGAGCUUUCAGAAAAGGCCUUUGGCCCUCUUUCUCAGUCUUCACUGACUGCCCAGAAAGACUUUCCCUCCACCGAGGCCAGCCCCCCUGCCUCUUUUGGAAAAGAGCACCCCUUGGAGUCGACUCAGGCCGUUCCGCGCCACCUGGGUGUGCAGGCACCUGCUUUGCGAGCCCAGCACAUCUACAGGCUUCCUCUCUCUAGCGCGAUCACCUAUUAUUCCGAUCAAACUCAAGCGGAUUCCGCCGCCUACCCUCCGGCUGUCUUCCUAGGCAAUGAUCUCGAAGUAUACACGGCCCUGCCAGCAGCAGCAGCAGCAACAACAGCUGUAGCAGCCGUAACAACGGCUACCGAAAAACUGCUCGAGAUGCCCUCAGUUACCCCUUUUCUACGCAUUUGGCAGCCCUCAGCAACCACCUACAUUGCAGGAGCCCUCCCCCCUACACCUUUUUUGUCAAAUAUGGGGAGCCUUGCUUCCUCUUCAGUCCCUCAACUCUUCUCGAACAAUUUGAUCCCAGAUCUAAAUGAUUUGCAGCGCCUCUUGGAGAGAGGGAACGCCACCAUUAUCACCCCAGCUGUACUCUCUGCCCAGGAUAUCAUGCAGGCGCUGCAUGCAGCGGUGGAGGCAACCUAUAUCACUUCCGAACAAGCCAACCGUAUGGCCAACGAAUUGAUAUAUUACAGAAUGACACACCCGAAUGAUUCCUGGGUGGAAGCUCUCGACGCAUUUGAGCGCACCCAACCAGAAAAUCCGCCACGGGCAGCUGGGUUGUUUGGGAGUGCAGGUGCUUCCUUGAGGCCACACCCUCGUAGGCUUGCCGACGCCGAUCCCCCUUUGCGUGAUCUCCAAAAGCCUCUCUCUUCUCUGAGAGAUCGCGCAAAGCUUCGCAUGGCGUUGAGAAGGGGGAGCGCAGACAGUCGGAGGUCCCACCAAUCUGGCAUGGGAAGUGUCUCUGGGGGCGUUUCUGCGGCUUCCAUAGUAGAAACAGACAACGCCGAGCGACCUUCUUCAGGCGUCGCGCGCUUGAUUUCUGUCGGCUCCGAGAUGCAGCAGCUGCUUGCAGGCCUGGUGAGCGCUCCCUCCUGUCUGAUACAGGGCGUUAAGGUGUCAGGCCUGCCUUCCGCCAUGGACAGAAGGAGCACUGUAAGCGCAUGUCAGGCGGCUUGCCGAGCGUCGCAGCAGCUGGCCGCUGCAGCAGCAGCUGCUGCCGCAGGGGGCGAUGACGGAGCCGUCGAAAAGAUGCGCGUGGUUCCGCAGCCGUGCCGCUAUAUUUCCUACAAUGCCUCCACUGGCCUUUGCUACAGAUUCAGUGCUCUGCAGGCUACAGAGAAGGCCGCUGGAUUUCUUUCGACCGUGUCAAACUGCCCAAUUCCCCCGUCGACUGACGCAGCUGCGUCGGUCGGCGGAAAUGCACCGGAGUCGCCGGCAGCAGACAUACUGACAAGCUCCCAAGAUCUCGCGGAAGCAGCCUUGGGGGUCCUCGUGUCUCCGUCCGCGGCAGCAGAGACGCAGCUGCUGCUCUACGAAGCCGCCCGUCAGUCUCAGCCGCCCACGAAACUCGAGGAGGCCUUUGCAAGAGGCAGACAAGGAGCCGUAGGGCAAGCCUUUGAGGCUCCACCCUCGCCUUCUGGGAGACAGCCUUUCUCCCAAGAUGACUCCGACGAGAGCUCGUCGAAGGCUUCAGCGGCUCCCUCUCCAAGCCCUCCGCAGCUCUCGAGACUCUACGCCUCACCCUCAUUUCCGCCAAACUUCUCGCCGAUGCCUCGAGAAGUCUCUCCGCAGUAUCCCCUGUCCUCGUCUCAGCUGUCUACUGAAGGAACAGCCUCUGCCUUUCACCAGACAUCAUCUCCGCAAACCGCUCAAGAUCCCUUGUCUUUGGAGCUGCUGCCUUCUGCUUCAGGAGCACUUCCUCAGCAAACGCAGACACCGGCACGUCUCUCGGGAGGCCCUUCGUCCAAUCCUGAAGGAACUGCCGCGGCUGUGAAUGCAACUGCCCAUGGCAUGUGGCUCCCUUCGUCCCCCUUAGAGGCAACUUUAAGUGCUCUAAAUCUUUUCCCCCUGCUGCCAGGAAGCCUCCCCGAGGUGAGUCCCCUACUGCCUUCCGCGUCAACGCCUCCAAAUGUGCCAGCAGGGAUCUUAGAGGCGGAUUCAUCACGCCCUUGGAAACCUGGCAAGCGCUCAACAGAAACAGCGCAGACAGACGCAAGUGCAUCCACAGAAGUCACCGGCGCUGCAGCAACCCUCAUGCUGACAGCAGAAUCUCCAGCAUCAUUGCUCGAUCCCCGCGCAGUAGUGGCAGAGGCGUUGCGAAGGGAAACGAUUGAAGCCGUACAAGCAGCCCGCGCAGGGGAUGCAGCAGCUGCAAGCCCCAGACAAUCAGCAGCCAAUUGGGCAUCUGCAGAAGCUGUACGUACACCGAGGGGGCCGCCCCCCGCAGCAGCCCUACCAGCAGGAAGCGCAAAUUUCUAUGGGAGAAGCAGCAGCAUUCAACUCCCCUCAAGAGCUGCUUUUCAGUGA